UAGAAGGAGACGACGCAAAAUUAGUCCCUGAGUUGGUCCAAGUACUGAUGAAGGCCAAGCUCCUGGUGGAGACUUCUAUCCUGGACGCGGAGCCGGAUUUAGAGGCGUUGGUGAAGACGCCUGGUGUGAUGAUGGGCGAGCCCCACGUUACCUUCCCCAGGAUCCUGGCCAUGCUGUGGAUGAUCGUAACUGACCCUAGCACCACUAAGAAGUUGGGAUGGUGUCCUAUCAAUAGGGUAAAUAAAUACAUAGCGGUGAGCAAGUCGACGCAAAUAGCCAAGCAGAUGCGCGCUCUAGACCCAAUAGUUGCGCGCGCGCGCUUCAUCAUGGAGGAGUUCAUACAGAACGUCACUCCUUUGAACAUGUACCAGAAGUCGACUACAGAGAUUAAGCCAUCGCCGAUGCCGUAUUCAAGGACUUUGAAGACCAUAAAGAGACCCAUCAGAUACUAUUCAACUUCGCCAGUGUCUCCGGAUUUCAACCUGGACUCGGAGUUCGCGACCAGCGAGGAGAAGUGGCUAUACCGGCACAAGAAGCAGGAUGCUCUGGACGCGGCCUGUGCCGGCAUCAAACCCUCGGCUAGAGACAUCGUCAGGAGGUUCUACGCGAUACUCCCUUAUUUCGACAAGGACCACUCGAACACCGCGUUUCUCCACAAACUAAGGGGCACAAUCUAUGGGAUGUCGGAAGGGGACGAUGUGCUGGACCGGGAGGCUGCGUUCUACGCCACCGUCGUCACUCCCCUGGUCUUCCUACAGCAGUAUCGGGACACCUGGUGUCUUUUGGAGAGGUUUCACCGAGCCACUCGUUUGUAUCAAAUUUCACACCCCACGGAGAAGCGAUCUGCGUUGAAGAUAUUGCAAAACCUCAGAGCCGUCAAUCUUAAGAUUCGUUCUUUCAUCAUGGACCUGCCAGGACCGACGUCGGUCACUCGGACCACCUCACCACCAGAUUUUGAUGACGAUGAGAUCCAUGAUAAGAAAGACAUUAAAUAUUUGAAGGAGCUAAUUAAAAAUCUUGGAUGAUUAUAA